UAUAACAUUUAUUUUGCAGUCACAGUCGCAGUUGUGCUAGCAGUAGUAAAGUCAGUAGCCUAUUACAGUUAGCACUUCCAAGAGAUGCAGCAGUGUGCUAAAAUUUUCGAUUUCAGGAUCAGUGACACCAAAGUGUAAACUAAAAAGUGUUGUACUAAAUCUGGUGGAGAAGAAGCAGUAGUUUACAGUGGUCAGUAUCACUGGUUCAGGUUAGGUAAACGUAGCCUAUCAGCGACGUGCAUUAGCAAUAGUAGCAGCCUGCUAUUGAUUCAAGCAGCAGUAUUACUCAGUAUACAGCAGUAUACAGACAGUAUAGUGGAUUCUAGUAAAAGUCGACUGUGGCAGGAAUAGUAAUAUAUUCGUGUAAUUGUGAAGUCCACUAUAAUAAUGCACAGUAUGCAUAGUAUCCAGAUGCAAUGUACAGCAUCUAUCCGCUCCUUGUUACAGAAUGUGCGUCUCCGUCAUUAUCCACAUCCGUUCCAAUGCGCAUGCGCGUCCGGCGGUUCGCGGUUGCGCCAACUGGUAGAGGAUGUUGCUAGCAGCCAGUGUAGAUGCACAGCCUUUUUCACAACAAUAACAUCAACCAAAUUUGCAUCUCAGCAUACCUGAUUUGAGGAUUAUACAUUCCAUACGCUAUCGGGAACCGUGCAUUGGACCGCGCCACGCCGAAAUCCCUUCUGUAUUUUUUGGCUCCAUGUUCUGUUGACAAUGGGAGCGGAGCGGUUUGCACAUUUACAAGCCUCCUUUUUGCAGGAGCAGAAACAAGAAUCAUGGCUGGCCAGCUAGGCCGCAGAUGGAUUUUGUAGCUAGCAGCAACAGUCUUUUGAUAUAAAAUACUGCAUGUAUGCUUGGCAUUAGCACAUGAAAAGGGGUGCUAAUACACCAGCGUUUUAAAUAUACGAUUAUCGUAGAGUUUUGUGGUCUUUUUUUGGGCAACAACACAAGCUAGUGAGCCCGCUAGCUUCACAACCUUGACUGGUUGACGUCUUGCCUUCGUCGUUAGCUCCUUUAGCCAGCUAACGAUAACUAGCAUCGCUUGGCCAGCCAUCCGUUGGUCAAAACAUUUGGAAAAAGACAUUUAUUGCGGGAUUUACUCCCGUCGUUGUGUGCCCUUUGGGCAUUUGUAUCGCAAAUUCCUUUUGCAGCGUCUGCUCCUGGAUGAAUGUGGGACAAAAUGGAGACCCCGACGAUUGUGUACGAUUUGGAUACCUCUGGGGGCUUAAUGGAGCAAAUCCAAACACUGCUGGCGCCCCCGAAGUCCGAGGAGGUAGAGAAGAGGAGUCGGAAGUUGGUGAGGGACGUCCGGAGGAGCGGCAGGGCCACCAACCACGACACCUGUGACAGUUGCCGGGAGGGGGGAGAUCUGCUGUGUUGUGAUCACUGUCCUGCAGCCUUCCACCUCCAGUGCUGCAACCCACCUCUAAGUGAAGAAAUGCUUCCCCCAGGGGAAUGGAUGUGUCAUCGCUGCAAUGUUCGCAAAAAGAAGCGAGAACAGAAGUCAGAACAGACCAACGGCCUACUGGAAAGGUCCUCCUCCAAGCGAUCUGCGUCCCCAGCUGUGGAGCUGGAGCUUAAUGCUGGCCCACUGCGGCUCGACGGCCUGCCUCCGGGAGCAGGAGCAGCAGGGCCCGGUCUACGAGUGGCCCAGGUACGCCUCUUGGACCGCAGGGCCAGCAGCAGACCGAGCAGCCGGCCCGGCACGCCCACCUCCAACACUUCAUCCACACCAACCCCCUCAGAGGAGCAGAACGACGGGGAGGAGGAGGCAGCGGAGCCUGAAGAUGAAGUUCAGGGCGCAGAGGUUGAGAGCGCCACAGUAUCUGCUCCAACACCACGCCUCCUCAAGAGGCCCUUUCAGCUGCUAAUAGCAGCCGCUAUGGAGAGAAACCCCACUCAAUUCCAGCUGCCCAGCGAGCUCACCUGCACCACUGCACUGCCAGGCAGCAGUAAACGGAGGAGAAAAGAGGAGUUACUAGGGAAGCCAUUCAGGAGGCCUCAGCAUGAACUGGAUCCCAAUGGUCUGGUCCCUCUACCAGUUAAAGUCUGCUUUUCAUGCAACAGGAGUUGCAGGUUGGCUCCAUUGAUCCAGUGUGACUAUUGUCCCCUUCUGUUCCAUAUGGACUGUCUGGACCCUCCACUUACAGCCUUACCUGCUGGCAAAUGGAUGUGUCCAAACCAUGUGGAGCACUUAGUGCUGAAUCAGAGGAGCCUGAGCCUCUCCAGCCGCUGUCAGCUCUUCGACCAGUUCCAGGACAGAAUGUCCCAACACGCCGUCAAGCUGGACUUCCUACGUAGAGUCCAUCGGCAGAACGCACCCAACCGGCGCACCACUCACCAGCACAACAAGAGGACCAUCAAGGUGCCAGAUGCCAUCAAGUCUCAGUACAGGAAUCCUCCCACCACGCUGCUUCCUGCAGGGGUGCGUCAGUUGGAGCUGGUCUGUAGCCCUGUUCCUGAACACCAGCCCUCAAAGCACCUCACCACACAGGCUGAGCAGCAGGAGUGGCUUCAGGAUGUCAUCGCCCUCCAGUGCAGCAUCAUGCGACACCUAUCCACCAAGCAAAAGGCUUCAUCCACGCUGUCAUCAGUAACACUGUCAGCAGAGUGGGACUCUGAGCAGAAAGCCAGUGCUAAAUCUUGUGUAACAUCAGAGGACAUUAAAACUCAGGCCUCUUUAGGAAGGACUACUUCCCCUGAACCCUGCUCUAAACCCUGCAGUACACCUGAUGACCCCCAGGGGGGUUCUCUAUCACAGGACACCCAAGCAGAGCUGGGUGCUUGUAAAUGCAGCAUGACACCCUGCCAGAACUGUAGGAAACCCAACGGACCUCUAGCAGAGGAGGGUCAGCCUCCCAAAGCCAACGGACCUGUAGACUGUAACAGCGCGUCAGAGUCCUGCAGGCAGACGGAGCUGCAGCACAGACUGAAGCCCAGCACAACCCUAGACUCAGCUGCUGCCUCUGGGCUGGUGAACCAUAUAGGAACAGAAACAGUUAAAAAGGAGCCUGAGAGCACUACAGAGGCCUGCGCUCAGAAACACUGCCCCGCCGCCCCCACGAUAUGGCCCCACAGCGGCCAGCAGAACCACAGGAGCAGCGACGAAAAACCCUCCUUCUCCAUCACCAGCAGUGCCCGCUCAGAUACACCAUCUAAAGGCAACCAGGAGCAUGACUCAGCAAAGCUGGGAUCAUCAUCACCAACUCCAGACAUCAAGGCUGGUCCUGGACUGAUGGACUCGCUGCUGCCCAGCACCCUCUCCUCCUUCACUAACUUGUCCAGCUGCAUGAAAGAGGGGAUGGACGAAGAUGGGAGGAUUGAGCUGGACAAACUGGAUGCAGAGAUGAUCAAGCUGCUGGCCUGGCAGAGGAUCCAGCAGCUCUUCCCCUGCAAAGCACCCAGUACUCCUCCUCCUCCUCCUCCUCCUCCUCCUCCUCCACCACCUCCUCCUCCAGCCAACAGUGCUGCCCCCAAAACCCCAUCACCCCGCCCUGACAGUCAGAAGAAGGUGCAGGCUCGAGCCGUCUUCUACCCUCUGACAGGAAAAGGAGGAGCCGUCAGCAUGUGCUACAGGACGUUAUACAUAGGAUCUGGUGCUGACAUGGACGUGUGCCUUACAAACUACGGUCAUUGUAACUACAUAUCGGGGAAACAUGCCUGUAUAUUCUAUGAUGAGAAUACCAAGCAUUAUGAGCUGCUCAACUACAGCGAGCACGGCACCACGGUGGACAACGUCCUCUACUCCUGUGAUUUCUCUGAGAAGGCCUCGCCGUCUCCACCCAGCGGCCUGGUGGCUAAAGUCCAAGGCAUCAUCCGUCGCAGUAAGAAGCGGGAGGAGGACGAGGGUCCUAGCUCUGUGGUGGGUUUGUUGCCAGCUGGCGGAGUGAUGAGCAGCCAGCCUCAGGGCGGCUCCGAGCUGACGUGCAGCUGCAAGGCUAGCAGCUCCAGCAUGAUCGGAGGCAGCGGGGCGGGCUGGGAGGGCACAGCGCUGCUCCACCACGGCAGCUACAUCAAGUUGGGCUGCCUCCAGUUCGUCUUCAGCAUCACCGAGUUCGCCACUAAGCAGCCCAAAGAGGAGCAGACCACCACGCCUGCCGCUGGUUGCACCAGCAGCAGCACUACCAGCACCGCCCCCACCAACUCCACCUCCACACCUCCUCCCAACACUGCCACAGCCAGCAGCCCCUCCAGCCAGGACGAGGCCGACACUGAGACUGUCCCCUCUCACCAAGUGCCCGCACUGCACUCCAACUCUGUUCCAUAACCCGCACAGGAAGUCCCGCCCUCCCUCCUUUUGUUUUGCACCUUCCGAGUCACAAUGAAGGGAAAGCUGCACAGCUGGUUGGUCAACAGGGAAAAGUUUAUUUUUUCAUUUUUAAUGGUUUAUAUCUUUGCAUGAACUUGAAGUAUUAUUGACAAUCUCUUCUGUUUUUGAAUGACUGACAGCAACCUUCUGUUCACUUCAGACCGCUAGGACUUUGAGCGAGCAUUAUUUACCUGCGCUCACUUUUUCUUUUUGCCAGUAUAUUAGUUAUGUAUGGUGUAACAUUACUUUGUCAGUCAGCCCAUUUAGCACAAACCUUUUAUUUUGUAGUAUUGAAUUCCAUACAUUCUAAUUUCUUUUGCUGCUUUUGCACCACAGGUAGCUAUAUAUGUAUGACAACAUACAUGCUUAUACACUAUGAUAUGUAUAUAUUAUGUAAAUAUAUAUAAUUCAGUGCCUCUCAAUUGGAGAAACAUUGGAUUUCAUGUAGAUUUACCAUUUUUUGGUUUUUAACUGUACAGCUCAUGGAAUUUGUGAUACUGUGUAGAGUACCAGAAGUUUUGUGAUAAAACUUGUUCUUAGUCUGUACUUUCCGCUGUAGUCCAUCUGUAAAUACCACAUUGUUUUAGCACUCAUUUUAACAUCUUGUGCUGCUCUGUAUAUAAGCACUCUUUGUCUGUACCUGCUUGUCUGUUCAAAACGUGUAAAUACAGAAAGAUUUUCUAAGAACAAAA